UGCAGCUGUGCGUACAGGAAAGUGACGCGCUCGUACAUACGUGAAAUACGCGCGCAUCGAGAAGCAACAUUUCUUCUAUGACGUUGUCUGUGAUCGUUACUAACAAUCAGUAACGAUUCCUGGGGUAACGCUUAUACCGAGAGGAAGCUAUAUAGUUAUGGAGGAAGAAUAAUCGUGUCUGGAAGGAACCGUAUAUAAGAAUUGGAGAGUAAAUAUGGGAAUUCAACGGAUAAAUAAGACAUUUAAGCGUUAAGCAUAUUAAAAUAGAUAUGCUGUGUACAGUUACAAAAGAAGUUAUAAAACGAAUAAAAUCAUAAGGAAUGGUAUUCUAUUCUAUCCUAUUGGAUGUUAGAUAAGCCAAAAAAUGUCUGGUGAUUCAGGAUGGAGCGCUGUUAUUCACCAUCCUUCGGAAUUAGAACUACAGAAUUGGAAUUGGGAAGAAAAUGAUGGGGAACAGGAAAGAGAACUACCUUCGACUGUUGAUAUGGAUGCCAUAAAAGGUGGAGGUAGCUGGGAUCCAACCACAGAACCUAAUGGAACAGAUUCAGUUGACUCCGAAGAAGAUUCUGAUUCUGACGACGAAAGUUCCGGUGGUACGGAAGGUAGUUGUUCUUAUUCGGAUUCGAAUUCAGACUCGGACGACGGAAGUAGCGGCGAGGAAGAAGAAGAUACAGGGUCGAAUUCGGAUUGCACGUCCGAACAUAGUGAGCAAACGUUUUCCAUUCAAGAAACAAAUUUUGAAUCGGGAGCGCUUAAACUAAAAAUCACUAUGAAAGGUCCGAAAAAAGAAGAUACAGAAAAGGCGAAAUGCGAGAAGAAUAGAAGAAAUGCAUCGAAAAAAAGUAAAACGAAUUGCGAAACAAAGUCAUCCGAAUGCAGCAGCGAUGAUUCAGAUUCAUCAGAGAGUCGCCUAGCUUCGCAUCAUUCGCAACAGCAACACCAACAAACGCAACAGUCUCAGCAACAACAACAACAACCACAGCAACAGCAGCAGCAGCAGGAACAACAACAACAACAACAACAUCCACCGCUGCAGGAAAUCAAUCAAGAAGAUUUAGCAGCUAUUUUACCUGAUCAGGAGCACGAGGAUGCUCCGUUCGACGGAUUCGAAGACUCGGAAAGCGGUCGUUUAGUAUCAAAAGCUAUUGAACGAAUGUCGCUAGGAGCUGAUUCGGAUACAAGCGAGACCGGUGAUCAGAAUCCCGUACCUGUAUAUAGUUCCACUUUGCUACAACAGUUUGUCGAGAAAACGGCUCUGCUGUCGGAACCACGAAAAAGACGAAGCAAAGCGGGGAAAAAAGCGAACGAUUCAGAAUAUCCUUGCGUGUCAAACGUGUCGCCGGACUCAGGAAUUCAAUCGGUAGAUAAUAGUCCGUUACAUUUGGCAAUUAGUCCGGCAAGUCCGCCGGCUCCAACGCAAUCCCCGAUACAAACAGUAGUCCCCAAGCCAGCAGUAAACGUAGACCGAGUUCUAUAUCCGCCGAAACGAAAACCUGGUAGACCCGCGAAAACUGUGUCGACGCAACCUCGCGGUCCAGGCAGGCCAAGACUUAAGCCGGAAAUCGCAGAAAAAAUCGAAAAGAUCGAGAAAGUAGAAAAGACGGAGAAAGCGGAGAAGAACGAAAGGAAGGAAAAAAAGGAGGCUACGUCUCAGCAACAGCAAAAAGUCUCGAAGGAGGAACCGAACAAGAGGGGGAAAGCGAAAUCGGUGCAGCAUAAAACAGUCGCGUCGCGGGAGAGCAAGGAAGACAAGAGUAGCGAACCGGUGAAAAAGUUAAAGGACAAGCUCGUCUGUCAAAAGAAACGCAGCUGCAACGCUCCUAAACAAUUCGCGCAGGGUAGAAUGGGCGAGAAGAGAAACAACGGGAAUUCUCCGACGCGUGUCAAGUGCCUAAGUAGAACUGUUACAAGUAAAUAUAGAAAAGAUGUAAUUCAGUGUGACGGCAGAACGUAUAAAAAAAUAAAGAGAGACAAACCGGGAGUAGGAAGUAAAACAACAACUUCGUUACGACGGCAGAAGCAAUUGUAUUGCGAACGAAUGGCGAGCGAUAGAAAGCCACUCAAUUCGAAUAAAAGAAGCUUAAAAGAGAACAGAAGUAGUUCCGGCCCCUUGACCAAAAGGCAGACUUCGCUGAAAAAGAACGCCGCACCGGUUACGCGACGCGUGUUGAAGGAAAACAAGAACAGCAAGAAGACCACGACCAAUUUCGAGACGAAUGGUGUUGGCGUACAAACUCUGAUCUCUUUACCGGUCGGCGAAGUACUAAAAGCGGAAAACGUUGAAAACAUAAGCAACAAAUGCGACAAAGCGACGCAACCUAUACACAAUCAUUGUCACAAACACCAUCACCAUAAGCAUCGACGACGGUUGUUAUUGCCGCCUAAAAAUCCGAUACGCAUCGAUCCAUGUAUCAUCGAAGAAUUGGAAAAAUUGAUCGAAGAGUUUGCUAGAUCGUGCAGCCUAGGACGGAACAACGCGAACGUCGGAUAUUCCGAAUUGCCACAAAUUUUUCGCGUGAAGAAACUGACCAAGAAAAGAAAAGGUGAUGUUACAGCGACCGAAGAUCAAAAGUUGAAGAGGCGUUCGAAGAAAGAGAAAAUACUCUCAGGAACUGACUCGAGAAGCAGCACGAACGCGAACGCAAAUUCGAAUCCGAACGAGCAACGGUUGCCGCUAAAGAAAAGGCAUUAUCACGUAUCCAGCCCUCAUAGCUCGCAGAGCUCGAAUGCAAGUUGCACCGACGUGACCACUAACGAGACCAACUCUACCGAGAGUCACAUAGAGGAGGCUAUCGAAGCCGCGAUAACAAGAUACGGCGGCAGUUCCGCGUCUUCUUCUCAAGAAGAUGCUGUACCGGUCACCCCCAAGAAAAGACACAGAGAUACUGAAAACGCGAGCAUCGACAAGUCGAGUGCAGCGUGUUCUGAAUCGUUGGAAGAGAAACCAUUGAGUCAGACGGAAGCACAGCCGCGACGUAAAAAGAAAAUUGUCAAGGAUCUUCGAGUCACGGUCACGAAGCUCCCCGCUGAGAGUGGGCAUAUCGCGUUGGAGAAGGCCGAUAAAACCGAUAAAGUAGAAAAAUCGGAAAGGUCUUCGAACGAUUCGAAGAACUUAAAGAAUCACGCGGACAAGAGCGGCAGCAGGACCGAAAAGGUAAUUACAGAGAAAGUAAUGAAAACCGAUAAAAAUCAAACGGAUAAGCUUGAGAAGAGCGAGCACGUCUCGCCGGAACACGUUCGCUUGGAAAAGAACAUAAAGGUUGACGCGGCGGAGUUUCACGUAAACGAAAGUUACGAUGAAAUCGAGACUCUGAACGAAAGUAAACCGACGCAGGACAACGACGUCGAUUCGAACCUUCCAAAACCCACGAACUCCACAGCCGUGAUGGUUUUGGCCAAGAAGAAAAUGAGGCGCCGCAAGGCCAUUAACCGCACUGGUUUUCCCACACUGAAAAAGAAAAAGAAGAAGAAACGAUCGUUAAAUGCGAGCGAGACAUCGACCGAUGCGUCGACGAAAGUAACUUUACCUGCUGACGACAACGCGGACGAUGCUGACGAAGCUCGAAAUUCGCCGAAAGAAGGGUCCGAGGAUUCGGUGAUGGACAGCAAAACGACCGUGUUGAGUGGCGAGAUACAACACUCGUUCCCAUCGAGCGAACUCGCCGUUGAAAACGAUAACAAUAACAGCAACGCAACGCAGAGUAAAGUUACGUCGAAGGCCGCCGACACGGAGGAUUUGAAUUCGUCGAAACAGGAAGGAUCGUCUAGUCGUGGUCGUUCGGAGGAAGUCGUGGAAUCUCGAUCCGGUCAAUUAAGAGUUCGAAAGGAUCUCGUCGAAUCGGAGAGUAACAACGCGCCGAACAAAUUGUGCCCGGUCAAGUUUGAAAAGAUCCAGGAUUUAAGAACGUACGACGAAGACGCGCCUCUGGAGGAAUCUCUAGAAAGAUACAAUUUGUGCCAGCAACAACGCGUCGCUGAGCUAAACGAGGAGAACGCGAAGAAUCUGGAACGUGCAAGUCCCCAAACGAACAUAAAGACGGAACAUUCUGGAUCUUUCAAUGGGAAUCAGAAAAAACGACGCGGCUCCUCGAGUCCUUGUAACUUCACUUCGAGGAACGUGAAGCGUUUACGUAGCGCGGGAUACGACACAGAAAAUGACAGUGUGUCCAGCAGCAAUGUUAUCCAAGGUGAUCACGAGAUUGGAAAACAUUUGAGCUCCACGCAUGCCAGGAAAAAACAGUCUAGAUGGAAAAAGCGUUACCUACAGGGUGGUAUCCUACACGAUUGCGGGAAAAAUUGCGAAUCGAAAACGCGAAGCGGUGGGAGUGGAAGCGGCAGCAGCGUCGAUAGCGGCACUACAUCCGGAAAGAGUAAAAUUGUCUGUGAAACAAACGAUUCUACGUCCGCGGCGCUGUUGACCGCCUCGUAUCAAUGCGGCAAACUUCUUCGUCAAAGAAAAAUGCCGUUUCAAUUGCCCUACGAUUUAUGGUGGCUACAUACGCAGUCCAGACUACCUAGCAGAGAAUCGGUACCGUCGUGGAAUUACAAAAAAAUUCGCACAAACGUUUAUUACGAUGUCAAGCCGACUACACUGUACGAGGCGCAAGCGUGCGAAUGCAAACCGGAAAGUGGAUGCGGCGAUGAUUGCAUCAAUCGUAUGGUUUUCAGCGAAUGCUCGCCACAACUUUGCCCUUGUGGCGAGAAGUGUGAGAAUCAAAAGAUUCAAAAACACGAGUGGGCACCUGGUUUGCAGAAAUUUAUGACGAAGAAUAAAGGUUGGGGAGUGAGAACUCAGCAGUCGAUUAAGUCUGGUGUAUUCAUCCUCGAGUAUGUAGGGGAAGUCGUGUCUGAAAGAGAGUUCAAAUCGAGAAUGGCAACCAGGUACGCCAACGAUACGCAUCACUAUUGCUUGCAUCUGGACGGGGGUUUGGUCAUCGAUGGACAUCGUAUGGGGGGCGAUGGUCGAUUCGUGAAUCAUUCUUGCGAACCGAAUUGUGAAAUGCAGAAAUGGAGCGUCCACGGACUUCCGCGCAUGGCUUUAUUCGCCUCGAGAGACAUCAAGCCAGAAGAAGAGUUAACCUACGAUUAUAACUUUGCUUUGUUUAAUCCAUCCGAAGGGCAGGAAUGUAGAUGCGGUAGUAGCGCUUGCAGAGGCGUGAUAGGAGGAAAGAGUCAAAGGGUUACAAAGACUAUCGCCGCUCUUCCGUCUCAGAUGGAACCAACGGAGCGACGAUCAGUUGGAAGACCAAGAAAGAACAUGCGAAAAUCCAACACAGUGCAGUCCGUUAACUCUAAAGGAAUUUGCAAAUCCAGGAAGGUGGGCGAUUCUAACUUGUUUCAUGCGCCUGUACUGAAGCCAAUGUCUCAUCAACAACGAUGCUUCGCUCAACAACAUCACUGCUUCUUGUUGAGAAACCUGGAAAAGGUGAAACGGGUAAAAUCGUUAGUGAACCAAGUGCAAAUGCAGAACGGUAAAACAAAAUUCGGUAACGCGAGUGUUGUGAAAGAGAAAAGUUCUGGCGACGCUAAGAUACAAUCUAACGCGUUUUUCUCGCAAUUGAGUGCUUUGACCAACACGAAUACGCGUACUGUACGAACACGAAGGUUGGCGCAAGCUCAAGACGACCCGGAAAUGCAUAAAACUGCGAAACUGGCCAAGGUAUUGAAAGAUUUGUACAGUAUUGUAACAACGGCAAACGACGAAAAUGGGCAGUUGCUGUGCUCGCCGUUUGUAACGUUGCCCUCGAAAAGAAAAUUGUCAGACUACUAUGAAAAGAUAUCGGACCCGAUAGACUUGAGCAUGAUCGACCAGUGCAUCGGGACAGGUCACUAUAAAACCGCCGAGCAUUUUGAUCACGAUAUGAUUAGACUUUUUGACAACAAUGUUCGAUUCUUUGGAAGAACUUCGGAAAUGGGCAUUGCCGCGGCUAGACUGAGAAAACUGUAUCUAGGAAGUAAACCUGACUUUGUCGACGCGAUAACGGAUGCAACAGGUUGUCCGCCUUCUCAAGGAUUUUUACCUCCUCGAGGUUCGACUGCAGGGGAGGAAGACGUUAUUAGGUGUAUUUGUGGCUUGCACAGAGAUGAGGGCUUGAUGAUUCAAUGCGAACGCUGCCUCGUUUGGCAGCAUUGCGACUGCGUUAAAGCUGACACGAGCCUAGAGUCUUAUUUGUGCGAAAGAUGCCAGCCGCGUCCUGUUGAUUUGGAAAUACCAUUGGAGGGUGACGAGGAGGAAGAAGGAAAGAAACACUAUGUUACUUUGAUGCGCGGUGAUUUGCAACUCAGGCAGGGAGACACGGUAUAUGUGUUAAGGGAUACUCCGGAGAAACAUACCUACAAAACCAUUCAAAAGCCUGAUUAUGAACAGAUGGACAUCUUUAGAAUCGAAAGACUCUGGAAGAAUGUUGAAGGAGAAAGAUUUGUAUUCGGCCAUCAUUAUUUGAGACCUCAUGAGACGUAUCACGAACCCACCCGAAAGUUUUACGAAAACGAAGUUGUGUGUGCUCCGCUCUACGAAGCAGUUCCAUGCGAUUUGGUUGCCGAACGUUGUUGGGUUCUCGAUCCUCAUACGUAUUGUAAAGGACGGCCGGUGGGUUCGUCGGCAGAGCAUACUUACGUAUGCGAGUAUCGCGUUGAUCGCGCUGCUCGGCUUUUUACAAAGGUUGCCAGAGCUAGGCAUCAAGUGUGCACGAAACCUUACGCGUUUGAGACGUUUCCGCAACGCAUUAAGCACUAUCGAACGUAUUUGCCUCAUAGUCUCGAAGGAAUACAAGUAGGCGGUAAAAUAAACAAAGAGAAGAAAAAAACGAAUAAUCAAGAUCUUGACUCUAAUCAGAAAACCGAAACUAGCGAUAAUGCAAAAACACACAGUAAAGAUCAACAAAAAUCUUCCACGAGUAAGGGUAGACGACGAUCAAAUGAAAUUUUGUCUAUUGCUACGUCUGCGACGUCAUAUGCCCAGAGAGAAGAGCAAAGACGAAGAUUGAAUAACAUUUUAAUUGGUCUACUGCAAAAGAUGCCGAAUAAGAAAGAUCCGCUGGAUCUGUCAUUUUUAUUAGAGAGGAAUAGGCGGAAUCGAAAAAGACCAGGUGGAUUAAAUCCGUGACACUGGAUUAUACAUCAGCGAUAAUGCGGUAUUAUCGUAUAUACAUGAUACGGGUCAAUGUUAAUCCCUAUCACAGUUAAAUCUGUAAUCAAAGCGAUCGAUCGAUUAUUUCGUUUCGUCGUUAGUAAGUUGAUGCUAUUCGAUUCGUUUCGUAAGGAAAUCAACCACGAGCUACGCGUUUCCUUCUUUUUACACUAGUAAUACGACCCGUCCAUUCGUAUUAUUUAAUUAUGAACACGAACGCUACCUUUCCCGAAGGACAUUGUAUCGAUCGAGAUCUUUUUAUAUGUUGUUUUUACACGCACGAAAUCCAGAAAAUUCCAGGCUGAAUUUUCAAUCGAAAUUUUUUAUAGUCUCUUAGCAUUGCUUUUCUAUCUCAGAUUACCUUUUCCUUCGCGGUAAAACAUUUAAAAUCAAACGGUAAACCAAACAGAAUCACAUCGACGGAAAGGUAAUCUUUGAUUCAUUCUAGAGUAUUUCAACAAUCGUGCGAUGUAAAAGAAAAGUUUGUAAGUAUUUUGAUCGAAUAGAGGUAAUUUGUUUUCGUAAAACGGAUCGAUUUGUUUUAAGAAUCAAAUUUCGUACUUGAAGCCACGUUUGUCAAAUUGGAUCUAACGAGAGCUAUUACUUCUAGUAGAAUUUUAAUAUAAUUAGAAUCGCGAAAUUGUAUAAAAGUAUUUGUAAAUUUAUUUCAUAGUGAAUACACUUAAGUGUACAAAUUAUAUGCUACUUUGGAUCUAGGAAAGUGUCAACGGCAUACGCGAGUGUAUAAAUCAGCCGCGUGUGAAAGAGCAAUGGAACCGACGAGACCGAAGAAGAAACGAAAUCGAGUACAUGCGAGGCUUUAUUGCACAAAAGUACCAUUAUAUAUUUUUCAUAAGCCCAGUGUUAUUUGAAUUAAGUGUAAUAUAUAGGUUUUUAAAUUUAUAGAUAAAUAUUUACUAACAAAUUUAAUUUAUUAAUGAUCGCGAUCGAAUAUAGCUAACUGUUGCUACGACAACUAAUAUACGCAGGAUUUCGUAUUUAUUAUUACAUUAUGCAGUUAGUAAAUACAUAUUAUUGAAAGCUAUUUAAUAUGCAUAAAUCUUAUUUAUAUCAUUUGUUUCUACGUUCUGCACAGUAUCCGAGGUAUGUUUGUCGAAUGAAAAUGGUACUAUAAUGCGUUUUAAUUUUUCGAUGUAACACAGAAGCGUAUUGAUUUUUAUUAGAUGAGAAACAGGAUUAUUCACAUAUCUUUAUACCUGCGUAAAGACUAACAAAUUCCAAGUGGUCUUUCAGUGAAAGUCUAUGGAUCGUUUAUAAUGCAUUUAACAGUUAAUUCUUUCGUUUUAUAGAAAGACGAGUUUCUCUAAAUUUUUAAUAAUUUUCUCGAAUAAAAAAAUACCAACUUUUUCGAACGAAUCAUAGAAAUUUAGUAUUUUUUCAAAACUUAAAAAAAACAGUGGUUUGAUCGAUGCGGUAUAAAUUUGUCUAAUGAAAUCGGCAAGAAAAAAUUUAUAAGAGCUUAUGUACUGUUUACAGCGAUAGUACCUGAGUGGAAAAGAAAUCCGUUCGAUGAAAUAUCCGUGCAAUUGCAAGAAUGCGUUACAAAUGUCAUCGGAUGAAUUGUAACGCGUACGUAUAAAUCACUUUGAAUUAAUUUGAACUCUUAUUCGUUGAUAAACAAUGUUAUCGUGGUCGUUGAUGAUAACCUUAAGUGUGCAUGAAGACUGAAUUACUGUUACAGGAUAUUUCUAGCAGGUAAUAGCGCUGAUCGAAUCUGGGUUGUACAUAAUUUAAACUCCAAAUAAAUAGAAGAUAUUUUUUAUUUUUACGAUUAAGUUUGUACACUUUUG